AUGUUUUCUAAUAGCUUAUACAAGUGUGAUCGGUAUAGUAAACGUUUCAAUGUAACUUUUUUCAUUAGUAAGUUUGAUAAUAAUGUACUUUAUGAUCAAAACCUUAUCAAACCUGAAGAAAUGAAAAAAAAUUUAUUUGAGUCUAUUCUUGAUAUUGGAAAUAACGAAUAUAUUGAAAAUGAAAAUUCUGGUAUAGAGUUUUCAUAUAAGGUGUCUACUAUUUCCUUAAAAAGUGAACCUCAUGAACUUGGAAAAGCAAUUACCGAAAUAGUAGAAUCUGCUGAUAGAUACUAUUAUAUGUAA